GAGAGGAGAGGAGGGGUCCCACUGUCAGCAUGGAGGAGUCUGCUUUGCUGAAGGAGAGGCUCCAGGCUAUCACUGAGAAGCACCGCAUUCAGGAAGACAUAAGACAGAAGAAACUGGAACUGGACCGAGAGAAACUGAAACUACAGCAUCUAAAGAAAAAAGGUCUGAGAGAGCGGUGGCUUCUGCAGGACUCAGCUUCCCAGAAUGCAACAGACUUUUCACAGCAACAGAGCCUUCUGUCUGACCAGCAACAGACUAAGCUGCUGCAGCUCAACAUCCACAGGAUAGAGAUGGAGGUGGAGUUUCUGGAGCGGGAGGAGUCCAUGAUUUCCGCCAACGAGAUUUUCAUCCUGGACAGACUGAAGGCUGUGGAGAAAAGCCCAGAGGAAAUUAUUAAGGAGGCCCAUGAAAACUUUGCCCCUGAACCAUUACAGGUCGCCAAAGUGAUCCCCGAUGUCCCAGAAUCUCUGUCUCCACCAGCCAAUAAUCACAUGGGGCAAAACGCAGCAAGAAAGACUCUGUUUGCCAUGGAGAUCAACGUGACCAAAAACCUGCUAACUGGGAAGAGCACCGUCCUCUCUACAGCAACUGUCCCCACCGAGGAGUUAAACCAACACACCGGCCUCAAGGUUUACGAUGACGGCAGGAAGUGUGUUUAUGCACUGAAUUUAGAAGAGGAAUCACGUGACAGAACCUCUGUAUCUGAGCUGUCGGCCAGCGAAGUGGAACAGCUCCUGAGAAGCGCCACAGUGCAUCGUAAAGUAUACUUUCAAAACUACCACCAGAAUCCCAACAGGAGGGAGGAGCGCUGUUUUUACAACCACCAAGAUGAAAGAGACAGAGGGGAGAGAUGUGAUGUCAGUAACCACGGAGGACUCUAUGGUAACCAUGUCCCCAGGAACAACGCAGCACAGGAAGACCCUGGCUGCAUGCUGAGAAAACUACAGGAUGAGCAUCGCCAUGGUCACCAGGAGCGCCUUCACAGGAGUGAGGAAGUGAGACUUAACCAGAGCAACCUGAGGGAGGGUCAUGGCUUUGGAAACCACAAGGGGGUGGGUCCUCACUAUGUAAACCAGAAAGAUCCUCAUUACAGUUCUUACCAGGUGAGAAAGUAUCACAGUGUUCAGGAGGGUCGGCCUCCAAGUCACCAAAGCAACACUGUCAUUAGGAACAGUAGGAUAAAUGGAGUCAAUGGAUCCAAUGGCUGUCCUCCUCCCAGAUCACAUGACCAGGAAGCCGUGUCAGCAUACCAACCUCAGCUCUGCUACACUCCAUUAAAUCAUAUCCCUUUUAAAGAUUACAUUUCUGUUGAUGAAGAAGAACUUUAUUGUUACAACCCACCCUCGUACCACUCUGUUCGGUACAGUGGUCCAGCCCCCUCUGACAGAGUGCCCUCCCCCCUCUACCGAGAUGACACCCCUUACACCAUUCUCAAUGCCAUGGAGCCCACCAAGCCAAUCACAGCCAUCUUCAUGGGCUUCCAGACGGCGCAGGAUGACAGUGGGCAGGGUCAGGAGUUUGAUGGCUCUCUGAAGGCCGAGCUGGUCAUCAUCGAGGACAACGAAGACAAUGGUAAGGACAGCAAUGUGAAGGAGCGAAAGAGCCACACCCAGCCGGAUGUCAGCAGCUAUUCAACAGGAAGUGCAGCCAAUGGAAGUGUUGGAUAUGAGGAGGGAUUUGGAGGCAGACGGACAGAGAGACGGCUGGAACCAGGUAUCAAAAGGAUCCCGAAAAAACAUAAAACCUGUUGUACUGUCUGCUAACAGGACUAACUCAUGUGUGGCAACACUGACUCUAACUGCACAGACUAAUUCAUUUCAUGGGGUGAUGCUUAAAACUAACUUAACUGUUGAGCUAGACUGAGAAUAAGGUUGGAUGUUAGAACUCCCUGACUGAAGACACAUGGGUAACUAGUUAGAUUUACAACUUGUUGAUAAACUACUUGGAUCUAGUCCUCGUAUUUUGUAAAUGGACACAUUCUUAAAGUUCUAUGACUUACUUAUACAAAAAACGUUUUAUCAAAAGAUUGCAUGUACUCUGCAGCUCUUUGGACAUAAAUAACCUGUAGUUUAGUCUGACUGCUCUCAUCAGUGAGAAAACACUGAUAACCCCUAUGUAAACUACAGCAGACACACACUUAGCAGCCAAAGAAGCUGAUUUUUUCAUGAGCUGAUGGAGACCAAAACAGAGGGAAUGUUGGAUUUGAAUGCAUCAGGUGGACACAACCACACCAUCAAAACAAUGGAUGUGUUACUACAAGCCAGCUAGCUGUUUGUUAACAUAUUAGCCUUAAUAAUUUGCAAGGUGAUGUAGUCGGUCGGUCCUGGGCAGCUUGUGGGUGAGAUCUGCCUUCAGGUGCUAAUAAGAUCAUCAGCUUAAAAGCAAAACCCUACUCAAAAAUGUGCCAUUUAAAUAUUGAGCAGAGAACAUGCUAUGGCAAGGGCCCAUUUUCACUGUAGAAAUAAAAUCUAUUGCAAAUUCUUAAACCCUUUUUACCCUUCAAGUAGAGUUUCAAUGAAUAUAUGCAUUUAAAAGUGUUAACUGCUUUUAGUGUUUGAUGAGAUACUUACACUGAUGAAAGGAACUAGGAGGAAGCUACAGAUUUAGCUGAUAAACCGAUUGUGCUCAGGGUUACAUUCAGCUGUACUGCUCUCCUGUGGCUCCCUCUGCUGGUAUAAAGGAGGUUAGGCUAGCUAGUUCAAAAUAAUGAGCAGCUAUAAAAACUCAAUACCUAUGUAUCAGCUACAAUGACUUACAUUUUUUAUGAUGGGCUCAAUGAUAUUAUACGGCCUAUAGUAAUAUUGUAUAGUGCUGUUGAUUGUAUUCUGUUUACACUGUUUUCCAAAGUAGGUUUCAGAGACUGUUAGUGCUUCCCUGAGAAAUAAAAUUACUUAUUUCAGAUGAGUACUAUCACUCCUAGAUUCUAAUCCAGAAUAGUUCUGAUCAAUUACAAAGCACAUCAUGUUCAUAUAAAAAAUGAGAUCUCCAUUAAUGGGAUCUGAAUUUCCCAUGUGCCACAAAGUAAAUUGAAUCACUGUGGUGUCCCACAUGCAAUAAAAUCAGUACUGAUUUUAUUAUAUGUUGGACACGACAUAUUUAUAUGUUACCAAAAUACACAGUGUAUGCUAUUUGUGUUCCAUUCACACAUGUUGAAAAUACCAGACAAACUUAAUUAUUCACAGAUUUGAAAUGUAUUUAUGUUACAACAUGUAGAAUCCAAGACUAGAAUAAAACGGAUGUUGACCUUUUUAUACUAACUUCAGAUGUUUGUACUGUGCAUUCUGUAUGUUUGACCACAUCAUGUGGACAACCAUUUAACAUGAAGCUAAUAAACCUUUGUUUACUGAUGGA